AGCCAGGCCCGGGGCUGUGGGCACAGUGCCCAGCCCCCGGCGCACGCCGAGCCGCCGCUGCUGCAGUCGGCAUCCAUCAGCGGGCGGGGGUGUCACGGAACAGGCUGCUCCGCAGAGCUCACCGCGCGCCCCGCCCGGAGGCCUGCCACCCCGAGGAACCGAGGGGGCGCCCCACACUCAGACUUGCCGAGAUGGAGACCUCCAGGCUCAGGCGUGCUGGUCACCAUGACAACAGAGACAGGCCCUGAUUCUGAGGUGAAGAAGGCUCAGGAAGAGGCCCCACAACAGCCUGAGGCCGCCGCUGCCGCUGUGACCACCCCGGUGACCCCCGCAGGCCACGGCCACCCGGAGGCCAACUCCAAUGAAAAGCAUCUGCCCCAGCAGGACACUCGGCCUGCUGAACAGAGCCUAGACAUGGAGGAGAAGGACAACGGGGAGGCUGAUGGCCUGUCGGAGAGGACCACGCCCAGCAAGGCCCAGAAGUCACCCCAGAAGAUUGCCAAAAAAUAUAAGAGUGCCCUGUGCCGGGUCACUCUGCUCGAUGCAUCCGAGUAUGAGUGUGAGGUGGAGAAACACGGCCGGGGCCAGGUGCUGUUCGACCUGGUCUGUGAGCACCUCAACCUCCUGGAGAAGGACUACUUUGGUCUGACCUUCUGUGACGCUGACAGCCAGAAGAACUGGCUGGAUCCCUCCAAGGAGAUCAAGAAGCAGAUCCGGAGUAGCCCCUGGAAUUUUGCCUUUACAGUCAAGUUCUACCCCCCUGAUCCUGCGCAGCUGACAGAAGAUAUCACAAGAUACUACCUGUGCCUGCAGCUGCGGGCGGACAUCAUCACAGGCCGGCUGCCCUGCUCCUUCGUCACGCAUGCCCUGUUGGGCUCCUACGCCGUGCAGGCUGAGCUGGGCGACUAUGAUGCUGAGGAGCACGUGGGCAACUAUGUCAGCGAGCUCCGCUUUGCCCCCAACCAGACCCGAGAGCUGGAGGAGAGGAUCAUGGAGCUGCACAAGACAUACAGGGGCAUGACCCCAGGAGAGGCAGAAAUCCACUUCCUAGAAAAUGCCAAGAAGCUUUCCAUGUACGGAGUGGACCUGCACCAUGCCAAGGACUCUGAGGGCAUUGACAUUAUGUUAGGCGUCUGUGCCAACGGUCUGCUCAUCUACCGGGACCGCCUGAGAAUCAACCGCUUUGCCUGGCCCAAGAUUCUCAAGAUCUCCUACAAGAGGAGUAACUUCUACAUCAAGAUCCGUCCUGGGGAGUAUGAGCAGUUUGAGAGCACCAUUGGCUUUAAGCUCCCAAAUCACCGGUCAGCCAAGAGACUGUGGAAGGUCUGCAUUGAGCACCACACAUUCUUCCGGCUGGUGUCCCCCGAGCCCCCACCCAAGGGCUUCCUGGUGAUGGGCUCCAAGUUCCGGUAUAGUGGGAGGACCCAGGCACAGACCCGCCAGGCCAGCGCUCUCAUUGACCGGCCCGCACCCUUCUUCGAGCGUUCCUCCAGCAAACGGUACACCAUGUCCCGCAGCCUUGAUGGAGCAGAGUUCUCCCGCCCAGCCUCGGUCAGCGAGAACCAUGACGCAGGACCUGAUGGUGACAAGCGGGAGGAAGAUGGCGAGUCUGGGGGGCGGCGGUCAGAGGCUGAGGAGGGAGAGGUCAGGACCCCCACCAAGAUCAAGGAGCUGAAGCCGGAGCAGGAAACCACGCCGAGACACAAGCAGGAGUUCUUAGACAAGCCAGAGGACGUCUUGCUGAAGCACCAGGCCAGCAUCAAUGAGCUCAAGAGGACCCUGAAGGAACCCAACAGCAAACUUAUCCACCGGGACCGAGACUGGGAGCGGGAGCGUAGGCUGCCCUCCUCACCUGCCUCCCCCUCCCCCAAGGGCACCCCUGAGAAAGCCAGUGAGUCCCAGAGGACCCAGGACACCUCUCAGCAGGACUUGGCACCUGAGCCUGGGACGGCCACAGGCUUGGAACUGUUCACUCAGAAAAGCCUUGCAGCGUCUCCUGAGGGUUCAGAGCAUUGGGUAUUUAUAGAAAGGAAGUACACUAGGCCAGAAGAACUCAGUCUUCGAAAAGUGGCCGCCACGCAGCAGGAAGAAAGUGAGGCAGGCCUCGCGGAUAUCCUUGCUGAUGGCAGACUCUCCAAAGUGGACAUCCUGGUGGACAAGUUCAGAGUUGAAGUGGCCACAGAGGAAGUGGUGGGAGCCAGAAGAGCAAACACCCAGCAAAAAGGGAAAAUGAUCGCAAGCCCCGAAGACUUUGAGUCCAUGUGGGAGGAAGGUCCCUGGGUCAGGGACGGCCCAGAGGGAGCUUCUCCGGCUGCAGGCUGCACGCUGGCAGAAAAGCUCCUUGGGGGCUCCCAGCUCAGGGUAGGCACCGGGGAGGUAACCAUCAGGAAGCGCCAGGUCUCAGGUCAGCUGGAGGGCCACGUGGAGCUAAGGAAGGAGCUGGAGGAGUUCCAAACUAGUGGAAGACCCACUGUCCCGGGGACUGAGCCAGCUGAGGCGGAUGUCCCCUCUCCAACCUCUGACAAGGAAGGACUUCAGUCAUUUCUGCUGGACCCAGGCCAUGCGGAAGCCAGAGCCGACUCCAGUGAUGAAACUGACACCUCCUUCGCAGAGAGGAGCUUCUAUUUCAACUAUGGAGAGGAAGAUGUUGAAGACCAAACCCUCCCUCCGCUGCUGGAGGAGAGAGAAGAGUAUCUGGAAGCCCCUCCUGGAGGCGGGACCGGGCAGAAGCUCUUGGAGGAGCUUCCAGACAGCUCUGAGCCGAAUUCCUCAGACCAGUGGGGUUCUCCUUCAGCUUCCAGAAGGGGCAAAGAUGAAGCAUGGGAAGCCCACACAGCUUUCUUGGAGGGAGGGGCAGGGCCCCCCAGGGGCCACGGACAACCAGAUCGCCUGGAGGCCUUUGACAAGCAGCACGGUACUGGUACUGGAUCUUUUCCAGAGCAGAUGUUUGCUGAGAACUGGGAGAAAGCUGGGCAGGGGGUAGAAGCAAAGUUCCCCCACCCAGCAUCCACCAUCACUGCAGAGGAAGAGGCCCCCAGGAGUCAAGAGUUGAUGGGAAAGGCUGAGAAAAGUCCCCCAGCAAGAUGGAAGAACCACUCGUCUCACAGAGGAGGGGGUGUGUGCCCAGAGCUCCCAGCCUGCGCCCUUCCAUGGAAGCCAGCCAAAGCGGGCGGAGGCAACUUCUUGCCCAAAGACAGGGGACCAGGUCACACCCAAACAAGAGAACCCACGAUGGAGGACAGCAAGGUUCAUAUGCCUUUUCUUCAGAUGGAAGUGAUCAACCCUUUCCCAACCUCUCCUGGUCCCUUUCAGGCUCAGGCACCUCCUGAGGCAGCUUCUCUGAACCCAGCCUCUCCUGGGUCAGGGGAGCCUUUGGAACUUGGGGGUCCCUUUGGAGAACAGUACCCUGUGUUUCUCAAAGAAAGCCCAGAGCCCAAGGACCGAGUAGAGCCUGUUUUGACUCUGCACAGAGGUGAGCGCAAGGCACCUCCGGUUGCCAGCAGAAAGCCCAGGCGUGUCCUUGAGGGAGUUGAAAAGGCUGCACCCCUGGGAUUGGGGUUCCCUUCAGGGAAGCCAAAGAUGACUCCUUUCCAGGCUGUGGGCCAAGAGGACUCCCUGGAAGAUAUUAGCAAGACCUCAGUGGCCAAUAAAAUUUGGAUCUUUGAGAGCCAUGGAGCUGAAAGUCGUCGAGUGAGUCAGGGCGAAACACGGGCCCUUCCACAGGAGCUGCCUUCGGAGGCCUCCCUAGGGCAGGCGGAGCAACAGUGGAAUCAACUUUUAGACCUGGGCUUCGUCCAAGUCCAGCCCCUGGGGGACCUCGCUGGCCCCAAAGCCACUCGGUCCGCAGUGACGUCACCCACAACCAGACACUUCAGGGAGGGUGUUUCUACCGCAUCCCACCAGGAAGGAUUCAUGGAACUCGAGCUCAUGUCCCCUGAUUUGGGCUGUGAAACUACGCUGAAGGAAGCUACUGGGGGAGCUGGCCACAACAAAUCCGGAGACGCCAUCAGGGAAGAGAAGCAUGUCACCACUUUAGCAGCAAACCCCCCUGGGAAAGGGGGGCGCCUGAGACUCGCCAGCCCCUCAGGCCCUCAGAGAGCAGGGCUGAGGGAGGGCUCGGAGGAGAAAGUCAAACCGCCUCGUCCCAGGGCCCCAGAGAGUGACACAGGAGAUGAGGACCAGGACCAGGAGAGGGACGCGGUGUUCCUGAAGGACAACCACCUGGCCAUUGAGCGUAAGUGCUCCAGCAUCACGGUCAGCUCCACAUCCAGCCUGGAGGCUGAGGUCGACUUCACGGUCAUCGGUGACUACCAUGGCAGCGCCUUCGAAGACUUCUCCCGCAGUCUGCCUGAGCUCGACCGAGACAAGAGCGACUCGGAAACAGAGGGCCUGGUGUUCUCCCGGGAUCUCAGCAAGAGGGGCCCCAGCCAGGAUGACGAGUCUGGGGGCAUGGAGGACAGCCCUGACCGAGGGGCCUGCUCCACCCCGGAGAUGCCCCAGUUUGAGCCUGUGAAAACGGAAACCAUGACCGUCAGCAGCCUGGCCAUCAGGAAGAAGAUUGAGCCUGAGGCCGUGCUGCAGACCAGAGUCACCGCUGUAGACACCCAGGUUGAUGGGACUGCCCUAGGAAUGAAGGAGUUCAUAACAACUACUCCCUCCAUCACCACGGAGACCAUAUCAACCACCAUGAUGAGGAGACUGGAGAUCAGAGAGGAGAACAGUCUCAAGUCCGGGAAGGGGGCAGCUGCCAUGAUCCCAGGCCCACAGACGGUGGCCACGGAAAUCCGUUCUCUUUCUCCGAUCAUCGGGAAAGAUGUCCUCACCAGCACCUACGGCGCCACCGCGGAAACCCUCUCCACCUCCACCACCACCCAUGUAACCAAAACUGUGAAAGGAGGUUUUUCUGAGACAAGGAUCGAGAAGCGAAUCAUUAUUACUGGAGACGAAGAUGUUGAUCAAGACCAGGCCCUGGCUUUGGCCAUCAAGGAGGCCAAACUUCAGCAUCCUGACAUGCUGGUAACCAAAGCUGUCGUAUACAGAGAAACAGACCCAUCCCCGGAGGAGAGGGACAAGAAGCCACAGGAAUCCUGACCUCUGUGAAGAGAUGCUGGCGUUUCUGGUCCAACCCAAGCCAGAGAAGCGUUAAGAAGGGGCCUUCGUUCUGGAUUCUCCGACUCAACACCGAUGUCCCAGCUGCGACGUACUGUCACUGAUGAGAGACUGGGAAAGGAAAAGCAUAUAAAUAUAUAUAUAGAUAUAUAUAGAUAUAGAUAUAUAUACAGGAAACACUGCGUCCUUGCACUGCUUCUGGGGGCUGGCCAAUCAGUCGGCCAACAGCAACAACCAACAUCUGAACACCUACAUUUCCUUUGCAGACAAAUUGAAGAAUUGGUGGGGUUUUUCAGGGAAAAAGUUAUAAUGCCAAUAAUCCCUCGCUUUCCCCUUCGAAGCCCUGCGGAACAACCUAAGCAAUCCAGACCACGAUGACUGUAGAAGUGCAGUACGACCUGCACGUUACAUCUAGUGGACGAACAUUCCAUUGGUUCUGCAGCGCCCAUUGCCCACUCAAGUGCAAAGGAAAACCCUUUUGCAGCAAAGCAAGAUAAGUCGCAGCAGCAAGACACACACCAUCAACUGUUUUCCGAGAAAGAAAGAAAACUCGCCACUUGGAAAGGAGGAGGAGGAACACUGGAUCAUUACUUUAUGGGUCUUGACACUGGGCUGCAAAAUCCACCUCCCUUUCUUCUGCCUCCCCUCCCCCUCACAAGUCUUGUCGUCAUUUCCUGUCUCAGCUCCCUCCUCCUCUCUCCCAACCCUGUACCCCUCACCAUCUGUGUCCCGGUCCUGCCAAGGGCCACUGCAGAUGACUCUCACUUGAAAUGAGGAGAAAAAAAAAAGCAAGAACAGAAAACCAAGCCACAGGAAGGGAAGUAGACAUUGUAUGUUUAUGGGUUCUCAUUAUGAAGGUGCAGCUUGUAGGAGAUUUGUAUGGAUGUGCUUUUAAGUUAUGUAUAUUACAUAUAACAGGAAACAAAUAUUAAAAUAAACAGUGCUGGUAAGUAUGAAGCUGACAUUUUAAACUUAUAAUUAUCUGACUGUGAUUGAUGUAUCCCAAGGUUCCUAGAUCUCACUGAACCGGCCCAGCCAAGGAGACCUGGACUCUGGCUGUGGGCUGCUCACAGUAGGAGAUGACGGUUCAGUGUAGUAAUACAGUGUGUGAUAUUUGUCAUUGGUUGGUUGGUGGGGAGGGGAGGGGUCCCCAGAUGGAGAGGCAGGGGUUUGGCAAGAAGGAAGCAACGCAGAUGUAGUCCAAGAUGCCUUCUCCCCUGGGCAGUAGCAACCAGGGCCUGGUCUGUGCUCAGGUGUGGGGUCUAGAGUUAGGGUUUUGCUGCAGAUCCGCUGGCUCAGUCCCCCCACCUCCCUUGCCUCCGUUUUCAGUCCUCUAUUUUUAUUUUUAUUUUUUUUGCCACAUGUCUUGCCUUUCCCUGACCGAAUUGUGACAGCUAACUCCCCAUCCCCAGGGAGGUGACGCCCCCUAGCCAUUGCAGGGGAUGGUGGCUUUAAUCUGGCUGUCUGAAAAUCUCCAGCUCAGCCUUUCCCUUUACCACUCUUGUAUUCUGUCUGAAUCAUUCUCUUCUUCCAGGGCCAAAGCAGCCAUGCUAGAGACCGUGAACCCAGGGUGGGCCCCGAUAGGUCAAAAGUGCAUUCCCGAAGGCUUUGCCCACCCCAGAACAAGCUGAAGGUGAAAGGCAGUGCUGCCCAAAGUCUCCAGCCACAUGUAGGACCCUGGCUUUGGAGGUCUCACCUUUAUUCAGCGUCUGAGCCUGUGCCCCCGGGGUCCCAGAAAUUGCCUCAAGACCGCAGACGCCCUUGAAGAAAUUCCAUCAAAAGCCUGGCAUUGACCUCUGGCGCACGGGGGCUUUUCCAGGCUUUCCCGCCACAAGCAGCUCCCCUGAGCUCAGUAAGUCCCCUUCUGAGGGAGUGUGUCCCCACUGCACUUUAAUUUCUCAGUCCCGUCUCGCCUACCCCCAGUCCUGCUUCUAAAGCAGUUGAUAAAUUCAUUCAGCAAAUAUGUAUUGAAUACCUGCUUGUGCCAGGCACUAUUCUUGGGCUGAAAGAGAGUGGGCGUGGGGGUGCAUGGAGGCACCGGGGAAGGCCCCUGGGCCAACCUUACAUUUCUAACUGUGGCUGGCCCUUCUGAGAACAUUCCCACACUCUCUCCAGUUAGGGAACAUUGCCCACGGAUGCCCUCCAGUAGGCCCAGCCUUGCUUAUCAGUUACCCCAAGGACAUAUAUGCUUAGCUACUUAGUUGGUGCUGACCUGAGGCAGAACAAGAACCACAAUAGUGUACCUCUGUGGACAAAAAUGGGAUGGAGAGAGGGCAAAGAGCCCUGAACCUGGGGACCAGGUGGCGGAGUCAGCCACAUACCCCCAGAGCAGACCAAGUGGUCCGCUCCAGCUCCCCCUGAGUGUGACAGCAUACUUUUCAUGCACCAGGUUCUUUUCACACUCCUGGUCAAAGAAGUGCGAACCUCCUUUUUGCCCUUCUCAACCUGAAAGCUCCUACCUUUUCGGGCCGAGAACUGGACUGGCUCCACCCUCUCUGGGCCACCCAGAAUUUGGCUCAGGCACCGUGUCUCUGCCAGAACUGGGUAUUCUGAACAUACUUCAGAGGGAGAAUAUUUUCUCUGGGUUCUGUAUCUGCCGACAGACCCUGGGUGCGCGGCUUCAUUGCAGGGAUGAAGGGACCAGGCUUAGCUCAUGGGACAGCCAGGGCUUGUGGAGAUCUCUGUCCCGCACAUGUUCUGACCUUCCUUCCUUCCUUCCAUGGAGAGGCAAGCGGUGCCACCAGGGAGGAGGGGAGCUGCAAAGCUGAAAUCUAGGGCACUGUUUCCUCCCCAUCCUUCAUAGAGCAUAUAGACGUUUGUCUUGUCUGUCUUCAACCUACUUUUCCUUUUUUCUUUUUUAUGUUUCUCAUCCUUUCUGUGCUGCCUCUCCACCCAAGAGACCAUGUAGCUUAGUGGAAAAUGUCCCAGAGGGCAGCCGAGAGUGCUGGGUGGCCAUCCUGGCUCAGCACCAUGUGACAGGGAACUAGUCCUGUGUCCUCUUUGGGGCCUCAGUUUCUGCACUUGUAAAAUGAUGAGGAUAAACCAGAUGCUCUCUGGGGGCUUUUUCUGCUCUCCCAUCCCAGAUUUUCAUUUUACUUUGCUCUCUCGGGAUCUUUUCCAUCUGAGGGUACAGGAAGUGCCAGGACCUGUUUCAAUUUUUGACCUUUCUGCAAGUACAUUCCAAGACCGGUCUGAAACUGCAUGAGCAACAUCACUCUAUUUUUUUUUUCUUUUUCCGAAAGCACCUUACCAAACAACUGCAAUGCUGUCCUGUUCCUUUUGACUCACACCCCUCUCUCCUCUCUGGUCCCCACGCUUCCCCACCUCAGUGCUCCGUGCUGUAUGCGUGUGCUCUCUGUUCUUGUAUACUCAAUAAAAGUGAA